GUGCACUUUGAAGCCAUGAACACGUCCACCACCCUUUUUUAUUCUAUAUAAACACGAACCCACCCACAAACUAUAUUCUAAUCAAUCGUUUGGUUUUGCUAUACUUUGCGGGACUUGCAGUUCAGUUUUUGAUCGGUUUUAGAAUUAAGAUUUGAAGAAAUGGCGCAACAUGGAGAACGAUAUGGCGUCCAUGGUCGGCAGACCGACGAGUAUGGCAACCCAAUUCGUCAAACAGAUGAGUUUGGUCGCCAACUCGACGAAUAUGGCAACCCAGUUGGGGGAACCAUGGGAGAGUUUGGAACCACUGGCCAGUACGGGGCCGCCACCGGCACCGGAGGAGAUUAUGGAACCACCGGCGCUUAUGGCACCGGCACUGGCAUGGGACAGUAUGGAACCACAGGCGGACACGGCGUAGGUACUGGCUUUGGCAGCGGGGAGCGCCGCGAGGGCCAGGGUCUAGGCGAAGGGCUGAAGGAAAAGAUAAAGGAGAAGCUGCCUGGCGGGCACAGGGAGAGGGUGACCCAGUCCACUGCCACUACUACUCCGGGAGGAGAUUAUGGAACCACCGGCGCGUACGGCGUAGGCACUGGCUUUGGCAGCGGGGAGCGCCACGAGGGCCAGGGGCUGACGGAAAAGAUAAAGGAGAAGCUUCCUGGCGGGCACAGGGAGCGGGUGACCCAGUCCACUCCCACUAUGACUCCGGGUUACGAAGGACAGCGCGAGGAGAAGAAAGGAGUGAUGGAGAAGAUCAAAGAGAAGUUGCCUGGACAACAUAAUGCUUAGUUGCCUUUGGCAUAUGGUUAUGUAUAUGUUUCAUGCCCGGGAUGUAUAGGGUUGUUUGUACUUCGUUUGGGUUACUAGGAGUUUGUCUAGUGCAGUUGGUGAUCAUCAGGGGUCAUCAACUAUAGUGUCUGAUACAAUAAGCAGUGCUUUGUUUUUUGUUUCGAGCAUCUGCGAGUAUGUACCAUGUAUUGCCUAUGCGUUGUACUGUGAUGUCUUAUGGUGUGUUUUCCUGGACGCUAUAUGAAUAU